AUGUCGGCCGACAGCAAGACACCACUGGCUGCGCCGGCUACAGAGCCACCUUUGAUACCUGAGCGCUUUGUCGACAUACCGACACAAAGAUUAUAUGCAAUAAGUCUGGGCGCUUGCAUCCAGGCCAUAAAAGUAUUCGACUUCUUCCAAUACCUGUUCUCGUCCUUCACCGGCGCCGCGCCACAAUAUGGGCGUAAGUGGGCCUUUGUCGACCUAUUAUUCUGCGUCGGACUGUCUUAUCUCCGAAUACCGCGGCUCAAUUACGCAAGAGCGAUGGUUUGCCUACAAAUAGUCGGUCUUUGGGUACUGGAUGGACUGCUCUUUGGUGGCAUAGAGCUCCAUUUGUUGGGAGGCGAGGGUGCGCAUGAUGCGGCAAUUGAGCGCGUCGAAUACGGUUCGAGCUCUUCAUUGGGCAGUAUCUUCUCUGGUCCACUCGCGCUACUGGGCUUCGAAUCCUACGCCGACCGUGACUCGCAUCUGCAGGGACAGCAUACAGUGCGAAUGUCACCAAUUAGCACGGCAUACCUGAACCCGUACGGCGCAGCAUACUGUCUUGAUUCCCCGUCAAGUACCAUCCUUGUUCCCCUCUUGCUCAAUAACUCGAACCCCACCGCGGUCCAAUACUCCAUCACACCUCUCGGUUAUACCGAGGGAAAGGGCAUGAAGAUCAUUCACAAGACGGUCAGCGCUCGGGAACUCAAGGCGAUCGAAGCUGCACGGACGUCUUCUAUGCAACUUGUGAAACGCGCGUCUUCUGCAGACAGCGAGUACGACGAAUAUGACGACGACGACGAUACGAUUCCUGAUGAUGCACCUCGGCUACAGAAGUCGCAGUCUCUUGUACAUAUCCAGAUCUCACAGCCGGGUACUGUGGAGCUGCAGACCGUACAAGAUACGUCUGGCGUAGACGCGCGCGUUGUUUACCCAUCCUCUGUGGCUAUCGCUCCUUGCCCUCGCGCACAAUUCACAUCUGAUGACAUCCUUGCCCGUGGCGAGAGCGUUAAAUGCGUUGCGUCGGAUGCUGCCGCGAAGGCCGUCAAUGUGGAUUUGUCCCUCCGGAUAGCUGGUGUACCACCUCUGAGUCUUAAGUGGUACAAGGAAGUGAACGGCAGACAGGAGUACUCGAUGGUCGAGGGUAUCGAAGACGGCCAUGCGCCGCAUCGCGUGGGAGCUUCCGGUCCCCCAGCUCCCCAGACCGUCGUUGUACCGCUCGCGGUACAAGCUCGAGCACUGGGUACCCACGUCUACGCCCUAGACAGUGUGACCGAUGCCCUCGGGAACACCGUUCAAUUGGGCUCACCAUCUACCGGCCACAACGAGAAUGAGACCUUCCCGGCGAGCAAUACGGGCACGACUGCCCGCACGCUGCAUGUUUUGCGCCGUCCUGCAGCCGCCUUCGCGGGUUGCUCCCCGGCCCGGCCGUCUCAAGUCAAGAUUGGCGGGACGACCGGCCUCGUUAUGUCUGCAUCGCAAGCGGAUGCUGAAGACGGGCCAUGGGAUAUGGUGGUCCAAUACGCUCCUCCCGCGGACGACCCUAAGCGUGCGAAGACCUGGACGAAGACGCUACAAACUACUGGAAGCAAGCGAAACUUGCAGAUCGAGGCUGAUGCACCUGGAACGUAUACGCUAGUAGAUGUGAAGGGACGUUACUGCGAGGGCGACGUGCUUGCUCCGGAGUCUUGCCCGGUUACGGAGAUACCGAAGCCAAGCGCGGAGAUCGACUGGAGGGGUAUACAUGAAUGUUCGGGUGACACUGGUGUCGAAGCGUCGUUGCUCCUACACGGCAAAGCGCCAUUCCACAUCUACUACACUAUGCAACGCAACAAGGAGCCAGCGAAGGAACUCGUGAAAGGCUAUCAAAACACACGCGGCGAGCUCCUGCUCCAACCAACUCAAAGCGGCGAUUAUACCUACACCUUCACGGCCAUCUCUGACGCCAACUACCAGAAGGUGCCGCUUCCGGGCCCAAGCAUCAACCAAGUCGUACACCCUCUCGCAGGGGCCAACAUUGUCAACGCCAACAGGCCUAUCAACAGCUGCGCGGGCGAGACGGUCGAGGUUGAAGUGGAUUUGAAGGGCAUCGGGCCUUGGAAUCUGGACGUGCAGCUUGUGGGGUUGAAGGAGAGCAAGACGCUGAACUUUGCCAAGAUCGAGAGUUCUAGGCAUAAGUUGCGGAUCCCGGUUCCGGAGCGUAUCAACAAGAAUGGCGGCACCUUCGAUAUUUCUCUCCGCAGUGUGGAGGACUCAUCCGGAUGCCGUCGCAUGUUGACCGUGCCCGGUGUGACCGUCAAUGUAAGGCGUAUCAAGGCGACGGCUAAGUUCUACGGCAAGCCUGGGGAGCGCAAGGUCACGACGCUGGACUACGAGAAGGCGAACCUACCGCUCCGUCUCACAGGCGAGGGACCAUGGCAGCUCAAGUACCGCAAUAUGGAGAAACCCGAGGUGUUCGAGACGGCAAAGUUCACCAGCGCGAAUGAUCACUUAUCUGUUCGCGGGCAUGGAACAUACGAGAUCCUCGAAGUCUACGACUCUCAGUGCCCGGGCGAGGUUAUCAGGGAGGAGUCCGCUUACGAUGUUACAUGGAUUCCGCGUCCUUCGGCCAAGCUUUCCGAGGAUACACCUGGUCAACUCGAACGCUGGAAUGGAUCCUUCAUCCUCCCUCCCAUCUGCGAAGGUGCAAACAGUCAUGUCGAUCUCGAUCUCACUGGCCGUGCGCCCUUCCACAUUCUCUACAACAUCGCCCGCGGGGAGAAUGGUGGGACUCGGGUACUCGAUCAGCCCAUGUUCAACAGCAUCCAGCCUCGCACGAGGUUCCAGCUCGUCACUUCUGAUCCAGGACGUAUACUCUACGAGGUCAAGCAAGUCGGAGAUACGGCCUACCCGUUGGCUCAACAUAAAGAUUCGGUUAUCCCUCGCGCUUAUCGUCCGCUCUUCGAGCAACAGGUACUGCAACGCCCCGAGGCGCGCUUCCGCACGCCGGAUCGUCUCUCGUACUGCCUUUACGACGCGUUCACGCCUUUGGAGCAGUACAGCACGGAAGGCACUGUCGCACUCGAGGGUACUCCUCCAUUCCAGCUCACGCUCUCUGUCAAGAACAUCGCCGCAGGAGACGUUUACACCGAGACGGUCACAGUGAACUCGUACUCUUGGCGCCUUGAUCUACCGACAUAUACGUUCAAGUCUGUCGGACAGCAUCAGAUCACCAUUGAGGGCGUUAGCGAUGCCGCAGGUUGCGAGCAGACGCCGACGCAUCCGAGAGAGAGGAGUAUCUGGGUCGAUGUGGCGGAGAGCGCGGCUAUUGUACCGUAUGAUCGUCGUGAGCACUUCUGUGCGGGCGAGACGGCGCAGUUCCAGCUCGAAGGCAUUCCUCCGUGGACUGUCGGCUACAAGGUCAACAACAAACACCACACACAGAGCGUCAGCGCGAGCCCCUUCGCACUACUUCUCAGCUACCCCGGCGACUUUGCCGUGACAGAUAUCGCGCAUCAACACGCACGAUGCCGCGCAGCCGUCACCGAUCUUGCGUACACAGUACACGCGCUACCGUCUGCGCGUGUUGGCCAAGGCCGUCGUAUCUUCCAGGAUAUCCACGAAGGCGAUCAGGCGGAGAUCAAAUUCACCCUUGUUGGCGAGCCGCCAUUCACGUUUACUUAUCAGCGCUCGGAACCGCCAGCGAAGAAGGGUGGACGUCCUGGGAAGGUGCUCGAGACGCACACUGUGAGCGGUGUGGCGUUGAAUGAGUAUUCUAUCUUUUCGGCUUUGGAAGGUACCUGGACCGUGACCUUCAUCUCGGAUCGGUACUGUCGCUAUCCGCCUUCUCAUCCCGAGGCUUCUUGA